GCCGUACGGCACCUCCUUUUUUUUUUUCCCCUUUAAUUUAUAUUUGUCAUUUAUCUAGUAACUCCAUUCGAUUGCAAUUAUGGAUAUCCGAAUGAACGAAUUUCCCGCCGUCACAAUAGGAAAAGGGAUAAGUGGGGGGGGAAGUGGAUGGGGAGGUGGAGGUGGUUCUCCAUCGUUUUUCUUGUCGGGUGGUUCUUCAUCUACGACAGAAUGGAUCUGCUGGAGAUCUCCGAAUCUGUCUCCACCUUUUGCCAACAAUCUCUCUCCUCCUUCUCCCAAUUUUUCUCCUCCCUCUGUCUCUUAUGCAUCCCCUUCGUCUACCACUGCCAGCUCAGCACCUGGUCAUCUUCCAGCGUAUCAUCCACCUCCUUCCUCUUCUCCCGCGAUCUCAGCACCUCUUCCAGCGUAUCAUCCACCUCCUCCUCCUCCUCCUCCUCCUCCUCCCUCUUCUUCUUCUUCUUCUUCUUUGGCUGUGAACGCCAUUAAUCACCCACAACAGCCGGCGCAAUUUAAGGACAACCACCACGCACAUUCCUCCCCUCCUCUUCCUUCCCCUCCUGUUCUUCCUCUUCCUCAUCCUCCCUCUCCUUCUCCCUCUCCUUCUCCCUCUCCUUCUCCUAGGAUCUCAGUCCCCAACAUCAGUGUUGUUUCAUGCCCUGAUGUAAUCAUCGAGAGCAUCGCCGAUUGCGUAGCCGAUUCUGCACCGCUCGAUUGGUGGGGCCAUCAACAAGGAAUCAUUGCAUCAGCAACAGCGGGAGGAGAAGGAAGGAGAGCAGGAAAGAGAGGAGGAGGAGGAGGAGGAGAAGGAGGAGUAGGAGGAGGUGGUGGUGGUGGUCCUAGUGUUGGGAUCCGGUUCCGACGGUAUUUAAGAGGGGUUCUUCUUGGAAAAGGGGGCUUCGCUUGGUGCUAUGAGGUGACAGAGGUGAGCUCCGGAAUGAGUUUUGCGGCGAAGGUUAUCUCAAAGAGCUCUCUUAAUACGGCGCGCAAACGACAAAUGGUCGAGUCCGAGAUCCGCAUCCAACGAUCACUACAUCAUCCUCAUAUCGUUGAGCUCGUUCAUCAUUUCGAAGACGAUGAAAAUGUGUACAUAUUGAUGGAAUUAUGUGACAACCAGACGCUUUCAGACCUCGUUGUGAAGAAGUCUCGCCGACUCAACGAGACAGAGAUUGCCAAGUAUAUAUUGCAGCUGCUCCAGGCGAUGGGCUACAUGCACGGCGCGGGCGUAGUCCACCGGGAUCUGAAGUUGAGCAAUCUCUUUCUAACAAGCAAGUGGGAUGUUAAAGUCGGCGACUUUGGUUGGACAUCCGGCAAUAGACGUGGGCGUUUGGAGGGCGAAGUGGGAGAUCGCGUGAGGGGAGGUGGGGAAAGGAACGUUAGCGUCGUGUAAAAAGUAGAGAAAGAUGCUAGUAGUUAAUAUUGCUGAAAUCAAGAUACCAAAUCUUA